AUGGAUACACAUGAUACCAACGAUACAGAUGGAAAGACAUUGGAGUCACUACCACCUCUUAUCUUACGAAUGGUAUUGUCGUAUUUUGAUGGGUUUGGCGAACGACUUGUCGUGUCAUUAGUGAACAAGCGUCUGUUUGUCAAUCGCAACAAGUAUCUCACAUUCAUCGAUACCAAAGCAUACCUUGGGCCAUUCAAACACAAUGCACUCAUCAAGCUCAAUCUCAACUCCUACUACGACAUCAUAUCCAAAGACUUCAUCACCAACUGUCGAAGUGCCGAUGUGGAUCUCAAGUCAUAUGUCAAGGACAAUGAUAUAUUUGAUGUUGAGGGACUCAAACAUGACCUGAACAUGACCAAUCUAAGAGAGGUAUACUUUAGUAAUCACAAGGAGGAGGGUCUUCACCCUUUGUCAGAGGCUCAUCCGCAAUGGCAUGCAAUCAAUGAGAUGUUGUAUGAGUUGGUAGAGAGAGGCGUUACAUUGAGCUUGAAGGUUGAAGGCCAUCCAUUCCCUUUGGAGAAGGUACCCUUGUCAUCAUUGGUUUUGGAGGAUUGCCAAGGUGCACAGUUACAACAAGUUCAUUUCCCACGUAGUCUCACCUACCUCAAGCUAUGCAAGCACUCUUGCAUCUUGGAUCACAUCCUCCCCGAUGGCCUAAGGAUAUUGGACCUCACAAGAGUACACUUCAAGUUCCACAGACACGCAUGGUUUGCACCCAACUCAUUGCCUCGAAGGUUGGAGACAAUCUUGUUGAGCGGAGCAAUGAAGCAAAGGAUUGAACCCGACACAUUCCCAUCGUCACUCACGACCCUCGAGUUGAGACACGUCUAUGGUGAAUCUGACUUUUCAUAUCCCCUCAAUGGAGUGUUGCCUCCAUCAAUCACCUAUCUCAAUAUGAGCAGUGCCUAUGAGGAGUAUCGCCACGACCUGACCGACCUCCCGAUCAGCCUCACCAGGAUGCACCUGCCAAGAUGGUUCCAACAGAAGCUGCAUCACCCUCCUCUGGAGAAUCUCCACGUUCACUGCACCGUGCCCCGAGGACACUCAUUCCCCAACCUCACCAAGCUGCGGGUCAGCUCAUUGGAGAGGAUCAAUGAGUUGGACUUCUCGCUCUUUCCCAACUUGAAUCGGUUGACCAUUGAUCGGGGCUGGUUCACCAUUAAGACCUCGUCAUUGCCAAUGUCCCAGUUGAGACACACUAGUCUCUCGUUUGACAACACCUCCUAUGUCCAAUGGCAAGUUGAAAUCGACAACAAAGUGCCAUUCGGUAUCGAGAAGUUAGAGCUUGGCAGCUGCAACUUCCAGAACGUUCAGCCUGGCAGUCUACCAAAGUCAAUCACGCGUUUGGUACUGUGGCGUGCUGCCAACCUCAGGCCAGGCCAUAUCCCAUCGUCAGUGACAACAUUGGAGUUGCACAACUAUCGAACCAAUGGACUGAACGUCUAUGGACUGCCACCAUCUGUACAAAACCUAACAUUGAUCGAUAUCCGUGAUUCAGUAGAGAUCAUUCGUCGACUACCGCCAUCAGUCAUCUCAGUGACUGUUGGACGUAAUGCCAAACAUUCAAUCAAACUUCAACGAUUGGAUGAUCAACUAUUCCUCCUCUGUCCAUUUGAUGAUGUAGAUACUGGUGAUCAUUCCAAUGUGAUGAUGUCAGUCAAAGAAUGUUGUUUCAUGGACAUCAAAGCCAUUGCUGCCAAGCUCGAACUAUUAUCCUGA